GCUAGAAGCGGAAGUUGCUGGUAACAUCCAGUCAUGGCUGCCAUGGUAAGGUUGUUUGCUCGGCGGUUCAGUAGUGCUGGGGUACCAGUCCGUGUAGGUACCCCAAAUAUUUGCGAAAGCGUGGCAAGGUAUCCCGCUGUUCUUCCGUCAUUUACGGCUAAAAGUCGAUCUGCAAAACGGCGCCGUGUGGCGGAAUUCUUUGACCACCUCCGUGACUGCAGCGUGAAGGAUAAACUGUCAUCACUUACAAAAUCCCAGCGGAUGAAAUAUGUGGUGUAUCCGCAGACGUUCGCCCUGAAUGCAGAUAAAUGGUAUCAACAUUUCACUAAGACUGCGUAUAUUACUGGGCUUCCUCAAAAGUACUCCGAGUCAAUUAAUGAGACAGAAGGAUCUGCAGGUAGUCAGACCACGUUGCCUCAGAAUGAAGAUGCCUCGUUAGCAGAGAUUCGCAACCUUGUCUGCAGUUCACUUCUACAAGAAAACUGUCAAGUCAGGAAAGGACAGGGUAUUCUUCACAAACAGCUACAGCACACAAUGGCUCCUUUUCUGAAGAAUUUGACCUGUGGUAUGGCGAGUAUCCUGGCCAAGCAGAAUCCAAACCUACGAUCCUCCGCUUUUGAUUCUGACCCACAAGUAAAUUUCUACUGGUUAAGAGGGAAGAGGAUUAUCCCAAUGGGACAUCGCCGAGGUAGAUCAGAGCCCAUCCGAUUUCAGAUUGAUGACCAGCCACUGUGCCAGUUGAGGAUACCUCAUCAACUUCCAGAGUUUGUCCCAUUGAGGAGUGAAGUUCCUGUCGAAGUCCCAGUCAUGAAUCUACUGCCUGACCGGCUACCAUUGUUUAGGAGGCAGUAUGAGAACAAUAUUUAUUUAGGUUCAAAGGUCGAUGACCCAUGCUGUUACGGACACACACAGUUUCAUACAGUACCAGUUCAUUUGCACAGAGCACAGAAGAGCAAACAAACAUCCGAAGACCAGGUAGAAGUUACCUUGCGGGCAAAUGCCAUUGCCAGCCUCUUUGCCUGGACAGGAGCUCAGGCAAUGUAUCAAGGUUUCUGGAGCCAUGAAGACCUGGAUAGGCCAUUUGUGUCUCAGGCAGUAAUUACAGAUGGAAAGUACUUGUCCUUUUUCUGUUAUCAACUGAAUACCUUAGCCUUGACAGAUGAAGCUGAUGUGGACAAUCCAAGGAAGAACUUGUGCUGGGGUACAAAGAGAAUGCAGCUCUAUGAAAACAUUAUUGGUAAUGAUGUAAUUGGAUUAGAUGACCAUGUACUAAGACUCCUGAUCCAGUUUCUUUUGAAUGGGGCCUAGUCCAGGAAAACCAGGAUUUACUGGUUUUUGUGGUACCUCUGUAUGUUCUGUUUGCAUAACAUUAAACAAAGACAUUUUGUA